CCUUAACACAGAGUGAAUUUUCACCCGUUUGAAAUAUUCAAUAUGCCCAUCCCAAUUGUUCUUUGUGGCCGGCUGGAGAAAGUGGGUUCCAUUGUGAUCUCAGAGCUGGAACCGGACUAUGAAGUCACGUAUUUCGUCAUGAGCGUCGAAGAUGGUAUACGCAACCUCCCCCUUAUCCUGUCUGGUUCCACCCCGGUCAACGACAAAAGCAGUCUGGGCUCGAAAAACUACUCGGCUCUUCCUAAGGCUGUCAUUCUAGGAGGCGGAUAUGAUGAUGAAGCUAUCACUCAACUUCGCGAGGCUGUUACCAGCUCCCCAGGAACAAUCAAGAUACCUUGGUUGAAAGCGGAUCCCGGAGAAGACGAAGGUAGGUCCUACCCCGGGGUCAGAGAAAUACUGCAGGGCGGCGGCAUCUCGAAUGAAACAUAUAUUGGGAACUAUACUGGAGAAAGGAGAUCUCAAAUCAAGAGACGACGAGACGUUUUACUGGUGAUAGGGCGAGGCGACUGUAUAUAG